GAACAAAGUAGCCUCAGUAAUAACUUCCAUCCGGUUCGCUUCGCCCAGGCAUUUCAUACCCCUCAGGGAAACUGGAAGAAAUUUUCUGCAGAGGGUUUGGACUCUUUCUGGUUUCCAAGGGCGCAUAACUGCGCAAUCCUAAGAAAGUAUACCUGAUAGCAAUGAAAACUUGAAACUGUUUUGGAAUUCCUAGCAUAGCAUGUUCAAGUAAAACUGUGUUUUGAAAGCUGAUUUCGUCAUAACAAGUUUCUAAAUCCUUGAAAUGUCGUGAAAUAACUUACGAGAUUAUUUGCACCGUCUGCGAUUUGACACUAUCUAAUCAGUAACUUUCGGUGGUGUUUUUGCUACCAAUUUUUCUCUCUUUCUUUUUUUUUCGUCGAAAAAGUACGUUCAAUUAUCACGACUUGUACAACUAUUUCCAAAAACGUAUCGCAAGUUUUUAAGGCGGUUUAAACUGUGAACAAGUUCAUUAUAAAUAAGUUAUGAGAGCCAGGACUGAUAGUUUCCCAAGUUAUAUAGAUUGUUAAGUCUUUCGUAACGCCUGAAGUUCCAUAAAGUCUUGGGAACAUUUAGAGUUUCUACAAAGAACAUUUAUAAAAGUUAGAAAGCAAAAGAUAACUAACCCUAACUCUAAUCCCUCAUAUAUUUUUAUAUGGUCUUUCGAUAAGCCAGAUUUCUCGAAAGAGUUUCCCAAAUUCUGAAUUUUGAAAGUUGAAGAAUAGUUUGUUGAAGUUCAAUUACGAAGACUGAACUAGUUUACUUUUUGGAUCUAGCUUUUAAUUAACUUUUAUAUUUAUUCAUUUUUUGUAAAAAUCUCUGCUUAAUUUUUUCAACUAUGUAGCUGAUUUAAAAAUUUUCCUCCAUUUAUGCGAUGAACGUAAAUUAAACUUCCAGUCAUCUUUUGGCUAUUAAAUUUUUGAAACGCUCAUUUGGAUGUUUAUUGAAGAAGCUACUUAAGAUGUUUAUUUUUUUUGUUUACUAAAUUAUUUGCCCCUCACAAUUCCCUAGGGAUGACCUAGACUACUUUUCAUGCUCAGGAUCUUUUCCGCUUUGAAUAAGUAAAAGGAAUUAAUUAGUCUAUUUUGUUCGGAUUAUCUUCUGGCCAGGUUAUCAUCAGUGCUUUUUGCACACGUCUUAGCAAUCUGUUAUCAAAAAAAUCUAAUUCAAUUUCACUUUAAUUUCAAUUCCUCCUCUGAGUUCAACAGUCCCGUUUUAAUUCACUCGAGUCGAUGAAAUUUCUUCUGCCCGGUUUUUUUACCCUGAAAUUUAAAUUAGAACAAUUUUUAUGUAGUCGUAGUUGUCUAAAAUGUGAACUUGUUUGUUAACAAUUUGCUACUUUAUCUUUACAAUUAAUAAUUUCAACGAUAAGACACUAACAAAAUUUCAUUAUUAUUGCGAGGUGUGAACUUUUUUUGUAAUCUCCCGAUAAAAAACUCCCGUUUGUCUCUGAAAAAAUGUUAUUUUAAGCUUAAAGUCUUUGAGGCUUUUUUGAUACAAUGAAAAUAUUUAUUGUUUCCAACUGUCAAUUAUCGAAAUAUUUCUAUUCAAUUGAUAUGUUUACCUUGCAACCAUUUUACCAAUUUUUCUUUGGUAAAAUUAUUUGUAUUGUGUGAAAAGAAUACGAAGAUUAAAACACUUUUGUAAAACAUCGGACUUUGAAAACAGACAUUAAAAAUCGGCGACAGCACUUAACGUGAUGCAAAAGAAAACGAGUCUGGCAACUCGGAAUUUAGAGGCGGGCAAAAACCGAGUGUACGCUUCGGUUCGGUUUCUGAAGAUAGGCGACAUUAACACGAAGAACCAGCAGUUCACAGCUAUUGUUGAUUUGACCUUUACUUGGGGUAUGGAGUUACUUUCUGAGAAGGUGACCAAUUAUGCUUACCUGGACAGGUUUCUAGAACAACACAAGGGCGAAGGCCCGCUGGGGUUCCACUUGUCGGAAGAGGAGAUGAAACAGUGCGAAGACUUCAUCCCCCAACUGCUCAUCACAAACUUGGAGGACACUAAGAAGGAGAGGACAGUGUACUCUUUCUCCAUGCAGGGGUCCGAGAUCAAGUUCAACAUGCGCUGGCACCUCAAGGGAAACUUCUACGAACAGAUGGAGUUAUACGAUUUCCCAUUUGACGUCCAGGUAUCUCUAGUCCGGAUCCUUUUAACAAUUCCCCACCCUCCCCCCGUACCCCUACUGAAAAAAGGGAGGAAGAUUAAUUAG